UAUAAAGUGGCGGCGAAUAAGGUUCCUCCUGCUGCUCUGGGUUUAGUCCAGCUACAAGGUCAGCGAGAUCCCGUGCCCCCCGGAGCAUCGCGUGCAGGAGCCAUGGCACAGGAGCUAUACCACGAGGAGUUCGCCCGGGCCGGCAAGCAGGCGGGACUGCAGGUCUGGAGGAUUGAGAAGCUGGAGCUGGUGCCCGUGCCCCAGAGCGCUCACGGCGACUUCUACGUCGGGGAUGCCUACCUGGUGCUGCACACGGCCAAGACGAGCCAAGGCUUCACCUACCGCCUGCACUUCUGGCUCGGAAAGGAGUGUUCCCAGGAUGAAAGCACAGCUGCUGCCAUCUUCACUGUUCAGAUGGAUGACUAUUUGGGUGGCAAGCCAGUGCAGAAUAGAGAACUUCAAGGAUAUGAGUCUACUGACUUUGUUAGCUAUUUCAAAGGCGGUCUGAAAUACAAGGCUGGAGGCGUAGCAUCUGGAUUAAACCAUGUUCUUACGAACGACCUGACAGCCAAGAGGCUUCUACAUGUGAAGGGUCGUAGAGUGGUGAGAGCCACAGAAGUUCCCCUUAGCUGGGACAGUUUCAACAAGGGUGACUGCUUCAUCAUUGACCUUGGCACCAAAAUUUAUCAGUGGUGUGGUUCCUCGUGCAACAAGUAUGAACGUCUGAAGGCAAACCAGGUAGCUACUGGCAUUCGUUACAAUGAAAGGAAAGGAAGGUCUGAACUAAUUGUCGUGGAAGAAGGAAGUGAACCCUCAGAACUUAUAAAGGUCUUAGGAGAAAAGCCGGAGCUUCCAGAUGAAAGUGAUGAUGAUGACAUUAUAGCAGACAUAAGUAACAGGAAAAUGGCUAAACUAUACAUGGUUUCAGAUGCAAGUGGCUCCAUGAGAGUGACUGUGGUGGCAGAAGAAAACCCCUUCUCGAUGGCAAUGCUGCUUUCCGAAGAAUGCUUUAUUUUGGACCACGGGGCUGCAAAACAAAUUUUCGUAUGGAAAGGUAAAGAUGCUAAUCCCCAGGAGAGGAAGGCUGCAAUGAAGACAGCUGAAGAAUUUCUACAGCAAAUGAAUUAUUCCAAGAAUACCCAAAUUCAAGUUCUUCCAGAAGGAGGUGAAACACCAAUCUUCAAACAGUUUUUUAAGGACUGGAGAGAUAAAGAUCAGAGUGAUGGCUUUGGGAAAGUAUAUGUCACAGAGAAAGUGGCUCAAAUAAAACAAAUUCCCUUUGAUGCCUCAAAAUUACAUAGUUCUCCACAGAUGGCAGCCCAGCACAAUAUGGUGGAUGAUGGUUCUGGCAAAGUGGAGAUUUGGCGUGUAGAAAACAAUGGUAGGAUCCAAGUUGACCCAAACUCAUAUGGUGAAUUCUAUGGUGGUGACUGCUACAUCAUACUCUACACCUAUCCCAGAGGACAAAUUAUCUACACGUGGCAAGGAGCCAAUGCCACACGAGAUGAACUGACAACAUCUGCAUUCCUGACUGUUCAGUUGGAUCGGUCCCUGGGAGGACAGGCUGUGCAGAUCCGAGUCUCCCAAGGCAAAGAGCCUAUUCACCUGCUGAGUUUGUUCAAAGACAAACCGCUCAUUAUUUACAAGAAUGGAACAUCAAAGAAAGGAGGUCAGGCACGUGCUCCCCCUACACGCCUCUUUCAAGUCCGGAGAAACCUGGCAUCUAUCACCAGAAUUGUGGAGGUUGAUGUUGAUGCACAUUCACUGAAUUCUAACGAUGUUUUUGUCCUGAAACUGCCACAAAAUAGUGGCUACAUCUGGAUAGGAAAAGGUGCUAGCCAGGAGGAGGAGAAAGGAGCAGAGUAUGUAGCAAGUGUCCUCAAGUGCAAAACCUUACGGAUCCAAGAAGGCGAGGAGCCAGAGGAGUUUUGGAGUUCCCUUGGAGGGAAAAAAGACUACCAGACCUCACCACUACUGGAGACCCAGGCUGAAGACCAUCCUCCUCGGCUUUAUGGCUGCUCUAACAAAACUGGAAGAUUCAUUAUUGAAGAGGUUCCAGGAGACUUCACCCAGGAUGAUUUAGCAGAAGAUGAUGUCAUGUUACUAGAUGCUUGGGAACAGAUAUUUAUUUGGAUUGGCAAAGAUGCUAAUGAAGUUGAGAAAAAAGAAUCUCUGAAGUCUGCCAAAAUGUACCUUGAGACAGACCCUUCUGGAAGAGACAAGAGGACACCAAUUGUCAUCAUAAAACAGGGCCAUGAGCCACCCACAUUCACAGGCUGGUUCCUCGGCUGGGAUUCCAGCAAGUGGUAAACUGGUGUUUGUACAAAGCAAACAAACAUUACAAGGCAGUUAUCUCAUUGCUCUUUUGGGAGAGGAACAGGAAAAGCUUUUUGUUUAUUUGUCUUUAGAAAAUUAAGGCCGGGUGCAGUGACUCACACCUGUAAUCCCAGCACUUUCGGAGGCUGAGGCAGUCGGAUCAUUUGGGGUCAGGAUUUCGAGACCAGCCUGGCCAACAUGGCGAAACCCCGUGUCUACUAAAAGUACAAAAAAAAAUUAGCUGGGCAUGGUGGCGCAUACCUGUAAUCCCAGCUACUUAGAAGACUGAGACCGGAAAAUUGCUUGAACCCAGGAGGCUGAGGUUGCGGUGAGCCAGGAUCAUGCCACCACACUGCAGCCUGGGCAACAGAGACUCUGUCUCAAAAAAUAAAUGAAUAAAUAAAAAAUAACCUCAACCAAAUGCCUAUUUUUUAAUGCUUAAUUUUGGUUUGAAAUUCUUCUUAAACUGGAGCUUUCUCACGUUAAUACAUUCAAAUAACCUGAAGGAAACUUUCAUUAUGGGCCAAUAUUAGCUCUUCUGGAAACUGAUUUAUAUCUUUUUUAUGAUCUUUCAAAAGUAAAAUACUAUGCAUAAUCUAGAGAGAUUUGUCAGAUAGGAAAUUUUAUAAUGCAUUAGCCAUUAGUCAAACUUGUUUUUUAACAUGCCAGAGAAAACGUUGUAAUGCCUUGGAAGUUUUUCUCUUUUCUAUAGAUUGUGUUCAAAAGAUUUGUAUACUUGCAAUAAGGUUUAUGUUAAAGUGGCUUUAACAAUUUGUUGCUAUUUUCCUUCUUUAGUCAAUGUGACUUUGAUGCCAUUAACUCCUACGUGUUAUUUUCUAAGAGAAAUUUUAUCUUUUUUUAAACCUUAUUAAAAGCCUUUGAAAGCACA